GGACUCGGUCGUACCGGUAGCCUGAUCGCAUGUUAUCUGAUGAAGCACUAUAAGUUCACAGCAGCUGAGGCAAUCGCUUGGAUUCGCAUCUGCCGGCCUGGCUCCAUAAUCGGUCCACAGCAAAACUGGCUGGAGAUUAAGCAGGCCUGGUGCUGGAACCAGGUGGAAUCCGACUCCAUUAGAGACUCCGCAACAUAUUUACCUCCUAACUCGGCUAGUCCUUCCUCUCGACUCGAAGAUGAGCCUGUCGCCUCAUGCUCGACUGGCGGGCAACACCAGUUGCAGGAUACAGAAGGCUCUGAGGUUAAUAGUUCCACAGCGUUGACUUGUUACGAGUCUUAUAAUCGGACAGCAGAAGAAGCAAGCGUGGAAAGCGACAUUUUGCCUGUAGAUGCCUCACCAGAUAGUCAUGUUAACUCAUGGCCAGUUCCAGAUAAUUGGAUUUAUCCCAAAGAUGAGUCAGUCGAGGAGGCUGAACCAAUUAUCUCCUCGUCGCCCACCACGGUCUCGAUUGGCACCUGCAUAGGAUUGAGCAGAGCUAUACCUGAUGAGCCAAUAGAACAUGUAGUCUGUCAACCAGAUGCAGCGGGAGACUCAGCUUCGGGUCAGAUGGCUCUUACUGCUGACGGCUUAAAGAGAAAUAAUAACUCUCCGGAUGAACAUAUAGUUGCAUUAGACAUGGCUGCUUUUAGUGGGAGUACUGCUAGUAUUACGAAAGAUCAACAACAGCAGAGCAGAGCUGACCAUGUCGCCGGAGAUGUUAGCCGAGUGCCAGACUCCUUUCCUGCUGUACUUUUUUGCAUGUCGAGAGAGACCUUUGGUUUAAGUUUGAACAAUUGGCCUCACGUUUUGUCUUACCAGAUUUCAGGUUCAAAGGUUCAUUGUUUUUUUGGACCUGGAGGCGGGGCAAGAUCAGCGGGAAUGGCAGAUGCAUUUACAGGUCUUAGAGGGUUGGUUGGCUGCAGGCACGAGUAUACUGACCAGGUCAUUAGAUCUGAAAACGCAUAA